UUUUUGUCUUUCUUUCUCUCUAGUAAUGCACAGAAAUCCCUUUGGGAUGGACAUUUGCUGUCGGAAAGGGUCACGUAGUCCACUCCAGGAACUCUACAAUCCAACACAGGUGGAACUCUCCAGCAAUGCUGUUUUGAACCAGAUAAGACGGGAUCAGGUCACAGAUGUAUGUCGGGCCAAUAAUGUUUUAAGCCGGAAACGCCGUGUACUAACUCCCAACGACCUGAAACACUUGGUGGUUGAUGAAUAUCAUGAGCUGAUUUACUGCUAUGUUCCAAAAGUGGCAUGUACCAACUGGAAGAGGGUAAUGAUGGUCCUUACAGGAAGAGGUAAAUACAGUGAUCCAAUGGAAAUACCAGCAAAUGUGGCUCAUGUCUCCUCCAACCUCAAAACCCUUAACCAGUAUAGCAUUCCAGAGAUCAACCAUCGCUUGAAACAUUUCAUGAAGUUCCUAUUUGUUCGUGAACCUUUUGAGAGAUUGGUUUCAGCCUACAGAAAUAAAUUUACCCAAAAAUACAACACGUCCUUCCACAAACGCUAUGGCACCAAAAUAAUAAGGCGGCAACGUAAAAAUGCCACACAGGAAGCACUACUUAAUGGCAGCGAUGUCAAAUUUGAGGAGUUUGUUGCUUAUCUUAUUGAUCCACACACCCAGAAAGAAGAGCCCUUUAAUGAGCACUGGCAAACGGUCUUUUCUCUCUGCCACCCAUGUCAUAUCCAUUAUGAUCUCAUAGGAAAAUACGAAACCUUAGAAGAAGAUUCUAAUUAUGUGUUGCAACUGACAGGAGUGGGUAACUAUCUGAAAUUUCCCACCUUUGCCAAGUCUACCAGAACUACUGAUGAAAUGACGGCAGAAUUUUUCCAAAACAUCAGCUCAGAGCACCAAACUCAGCUCUAUGAGGUCUACAAACUGGAUUACUUAAUGUUCAACUACUCAACUCCAGCCUAUCUAAAACUAGAAUGAAAGUCCAUCCAUGUCUAGCAAAGGAUUUUCUUACAGCGUGAAUAGAGGGUCAUUUUGUAAAUUCAUGGCAGGCUGAAGUGGGGUUAGGGUGGGAGGGAUGAUAGCGAUGUAUUUGUACUGCGAGCAGUGCAAACAAAAUAAUUUAAAUUUCUUCAUAAAGAAAGACUGCUCUCUUUAGAGUAAGAGGAAUCCAAGCUAGUCUGAAGACACGUAAACUACUACUAUGCUGUUCUCAAGUUCCGUGGCGCCUUCAUGCUCUAUGUAAAUUGUCUAUAAAUUAUUUAUAGUUAUUUAAACUAUGUCUCUUGAUCUGAUUAAGUCUAUUGUUUGUCUAUAAAAAUAUAUAGAUAUAUCUGUGUAUAUCUCUAUAUAUAAUAUAUUUGUAUGUGUGUGUAUAUACAUAUAUAUGUACAUAUGUACAUAUUUUCAGAGCCAAAUAUUAACAAAUUUCAAAUCCAGGCUGAUCCAUUUAGUAGUUUGCUAUUGUCAUUGGAUUUACAUGACCAUUUUCAAAAGCUAAAACUCAUGAGUUUCACCUCUUAUACAGAAUGAAUAGUUUUAUUUUGAAUAGCAAACAAGUAAUUACAUGGCAUUAUUAACACUACCCUUUGGAUUUUGUGCUUUUAUGUCAGUAAUUUAUAUUGUGAAGUUUAGAAAUUCAUGCUUGGUUUAUGUGUUUAUAAUCAGGUAUACAUGUUUAUGAGUUUAAAGUAUGUAGGUCUAAAAAGGCAUUUCCAAUACGUCCAUUCUGAUUGGUAUUUAUUGCAAAUACUUAUAAAAUGCAAACGAUGCAAUUGUAAUAUGUAGUGAUACCUCUUUUGUUUACAGUUUAAAUAAUGGACAUGUAGAUAAUGCAGUGAACAAUAUGGAUCAUUUGAUCAAAUUCAGUAUUGAUAGAGAAUUCUAGCCUUGUUCUGUAAACCAUGAUCAAGGAUUCUUUUGGUGUAUUUAGAGAGUAAUAUGUCCUUCUCCAAGAUGCGCUCUCAGUUCAUUUUGAAUUUGCUCAUUGUAUUUAAACAUAGAAAUUAUGCAAAAAUUGGCAUUUAUUAAGUGCAAUUUGUAUUCAGGUGCUGCAUAUAAGAACAGAGCUUUACCCCCAUAAACUUAUUUUGGUGCCAGUUAGUUUACAUUUUUGUUAGAGUUUUAAGGUUCUAAGAAAGGAUUGUUGUUAUAGCAAUGUAAAAUUCUAGAAGCUUGGUAUAAUAUUCGUAAUGAAAAACUCCAGAAGCUGGAGGGAAAUGGGCACUAUGCGAAUCUGUGGGAAAUAGGCAUAGAAGGAGAAAUGUACAUUUUCGGCAGGUUAGACUUAGGCUUAGAUAAAUAGCAUUUAAGAAGAAAGGAAGGACAUAGUAUUAUGUAAAAUUUCAAGAGAAAUUACAAUAUUGACUACAUGAAACUUCAAGAGGAAAGGCAUAGUAGUCUCUAUGUAAAGCUCUAGAGGUUCGAAAAACUGCCAAGGGUGUGUUAUAGUAAUAAUUGUAUAAAUUUACAUAGAGUAAGACCGUGUAGGUGGUAAAGCAUUUCCUACAUAAAACUCAAGGGACAGGGACGUAGUUAGCACUAUAACUUUGUAAAACAAGUGCACUUUCAAAAAAUAAAAAAUGUGAUCCUUAAAUAUACCCAGAAGCUUAAACAUGUUUUCAAUUAGAUAUUUUAAAUUUCCCCUUUUUCUCAUUUGUUAAUGGUCAUCAAGGGUCCUCAGAGUUUAAAGUGGAAGUCCUGUCAAAUACUAUAAGUUUAAACCUGCCCCUAUCCCCAUUCUAAGCCUACUAAGUAACCUGUAAAGGAAAGAUAUCUAUACUUACCUAUUCUGAGGGUGCUCCAGUCCGAUCACAUGAUUGGCUCCCAUCGCUGGCUUCAGUGUAGAGGAGGAACAGCCAACAACAGAUUCCUUCUAGCAGGGGUCAGCAACCGGUAGAUUGCGAACAAGUGACUGGUAGAACAUGGUCUGGGCUUGCUGACCUGCCAUUCCAAAGCAUCAACCAGAGUGCAAUGUAGAGGGACUACUUGUAAAGUUAGAGCUAUAGAAGGGAGCAAAUGCUGCAGAGGCUGAUGCCUCCUCUGUAAUUCUGGCUACUGUCCCAUGCGGAGUGAUACCAACUGCAUUCCAUCUCUUAUCCCAGCUAACGAUCUCCAGAGUGGUGCCAGCAGCAGGUCAGUGUGAAGCAAUACGCUGGGCACAAUAGUAUAGGGUUGCUUUCACACUGAUGCAGAUGUACUGAGCUGCACCCACGGUGCAGGUAAACCGCAGCACAUCAUUGUCAAAACAGCUUUAUAGGGACCUCAGAACAGUAAGGGUUCAUUUACAUUUGCAGUUUGGGGGGGUGGUAAAACCCCAUAGCUAAGAUAUGUUUUUAUCACCCCCGCACCUCCUUUAGCUGCAGUGGCCGGGGCAUUUCGUAGCCGCAGCAGGAGUUAUAUGCCCUGUCAUGGUUGGUGGGUGUAACACUUGCCAAGCAUGACCCAAGUAAAUGAGACACCCCAACUUUAUGUGUGAACAAGCCCUAAGGGUGUCUCUGCUGAAUGCAACUAAGAACUCAUUGACAAGUGAAGGAGGCACUGCUGACAAGAAAUCGGAGUGUGUUUGACAGGUGGGGAGGAGGCAAUAUAUGUUGUUCAGGUAGAUUUCCAUCUCUUUAAAGGCACUUUCACACUGGGGCGGCAGCUCUAAAAUGCUUUUUGGCUGCUAGUGGGGUACUUUUAACCCCCACCAGUGGGCAAAGAAGGGGUUAAUAUCACCCGCAAUGCUUUGCAGGCGCUUCGUCAGUGGUGCCCAUUCAUUUCAAUGGGCAAGGAUGUGUUAGGAGCAGUGUAUACACUGCCCCUAAACUGCCCCAAAGAUGCUGCUUGCAGGACUUAUUUUAACAUCCCGCAAGUGCACCGCUCGAGUGUGAAAGCACUCAGGCUUUCACACUGGAGUGACAGGAGAGGCGCUUUACAGGUGAUAUUUUUAGAGCUAAAAUGCAUUUUAAGCACCUCAGUGUGAAAGUAACCUAUGGUUUCCUACCUCUACCUUAUAGUAAGUCUAUGGGUGAUGUCACUGUGUUGGCUUUGCAACCGUUGUUGGCGAUCUCUCCUCUACACUGAAGCCAGCCACUGGGGAGAUCAUGCAACCAGACAGUGGUGCACUCAGUGGUGUGACAGACAGAAUAGGUAAGUAUUUGCAUCUUUCCUUUACAGGGUAGUUAGUAUAGGGGCUUAGAAUGGGGCUGAGAGCAGGUUUCAGCUUAGAUAGAAUUUAACUAAACUUCCACUUCAAAUGUCCUUAUUUGUGCAUAUUCAUGCAGGAGGCAUUGAGCAUUGUGUAAAAAUAGUUGUAUAGGAAGACAUCCCAGUCUAGCUUGCAUCUGGCUAGCAGGAAUCAUCUAGGAUGAGCUCAGCUAAAGUAAAUACCAAGUAUGCGUUCUGUCUGCACUUUCUUUGCAACUGUUAUUCUUUUCUGAGAAAUGUUUAAAGAUCCUGAUAUUGAAGUCAUCAAAUCAGUUGGGUGUGAGGAACAACAUAUGUAAAGCUUAUUUUUAUCCACAUGUGCACUUAUCUUUUCAAAGACCAGAACGGUAGCAUAUAAUAGGCAUUAUGUGAGAGGCCAGAGGGUAAGCCUUAGAUAGCAUUGUGUAAAUUCCAGGUGGAGGGUUUAGGUAGAAUCAAUGUCCUUCUUAUCAUCAUUAGCAUUACAAGGAAACCAGUAAGAAUGAGGUAAUGAUCACUGUCCCUUAUUGAUGGUAAAAUGAAAAUAUACUGAUAACUAUUCAGAGUUGUCUUUUUCAAACCAUCUUUUGGUUGUAUUACCUUUAUUUCCUUAAAAUAGUCACCUAUUUUUUUUAACUUAAAGUGAUAUUAAACCUAAAAACAGAAAUUCAAAGUAUUGCAACUUACCAUUUUGUUUUACCUGGUGAUCCAACAAAAAAAUCAGUUAUUUUUCAACUUCUUUAACUGACCAAGCUGUCCAACAAAAGCAGCUGUUAGAGAGUUGACACCAUUUAAAGUGGUUGUAAAGCCUAAAGGUGUUUCAUCCUAAUGCAUUUAGGUAAAAAACACUACCCUCUCCCCAGAAUGACAAUGCUAAGGGUAGCUCUUUUAUUCCUCUAUAGAAUGGAACCAUCUUAAAACAUGAAGUGUGUUACUGGCCAGAUCACUGGGUGAAAGUAAAGGAGAAAAGCCUAAAAAAAUAAUAAACAAAUGCAACCACUAUAUUUAAGGAUUGAAUUACAUUUUGGAUUUACGUUCUUGUUUUUGGGUUAAAUACCAUUUUAAGGUUUUCCAAAAUGUAACUGUUCGGCAGAACUAGGGUACCCAGCCUUAUGAUGCUUUAGAACAUGCCAGGGGUAUACCCUUUAAUGACUGCCUUACUGACCAUUCCUAACCACCUGACACAGCACUUGAGGAUGGCAGAAUUCCAGAACACACAAUACCCUACAUUGGUUGGCCUUUAAAUACAACUCUGAAAGCUAAAACACAUCCAUAGUAAGUGCCACAUUGUUCUCUCUUGACACACAUUUUGUAAAUGUAUUUGAAUUCCAAGAUGCCUGGUCAUGAUAUUAUCUGUUUCCCAUUUACACGCAAUAACUGAUACAGAAUACUGGUAAUCUCUGUAACAGGAAUAACUGUAUAUUAGUAAAGGCUUGUUUUAUUUGUUUUAUGUUCUCCGGCGAGUCCUACAAUUGAUUGCAGUCCAGCUACAAGCAAAGAGACAGCCUGCACCUCAGCCCCACUGGGCUUUGUAUUGUCUUCCUGCUGGUCAGUAAACGCUUAGCUCCUUUGCUUUAUUUUGUCCUUUUUUUUGUUCACGGAUCAUCAUGUGAUUCUAGAUAAUAAAGAGCCAUUGAAGCUGUUACAUGUUCCCUCUGAAGUGAGGCUGUGCUGUCCAUAUUGUUGUACAUAAUGUUGUUCUAUAGACUUUUUUUCUGGCUUUGGGUCUGUGCAUCACUUUGCAGAGCAACGUUUUGCAUGAACCUCAAGCCUCAUCUACUUAAAAAGAAGAAAAAAAAAAACUGUAAUCUACUGGAAUGGCCAAAAGAUAAUUUAUUAGUAAUGUAUUAAAUUGUACAAAAUGUUGAUCAAAAUAAAUUCAUUACUUAUGCAGUGA